AGAUCGGACAACCAAUAUGAACAGGGCAGUUGCGGCAACAGGAGCUUGUCCAGGUCCGACAGCCUCAACAGUAGUUUGUCCAGGUCCAGUAGCCUCCAAGAGUGGAUGUGUCCUCCGCUGCCAGGUCAAGUUCCUGUCGAGCCAGUGAAGUCUUCAAAUGUCCCGACUGCUCAGGGUGCCAUGAAGGCUUCUCCUGUGAACAAGAGCUCGACAGAAAAACCUACAAAACGUAAGAAGAUGGAAAGAAUUUGUUCUUUCCUCAGGAGCAUGUGGAAGGCUAUGAAGAGUCCCUUCGGCUGCUGUUGUGACAGUAGUGCUGUGGAUGUUGUGGAGCCUUUCAUUCCUCCAGCCGAUCCUGAUCCCGAUCCCGAUCCAUCAUCACCUGAUCCAGAUCACUCCGGUGUCAAGCCAAAUAAUGACUCCUUUGAAUCUCUCUAUAACGUGGGAGAGAUGAUUGGAUCCGGCGGAUUCGGAAGAGUGUUCAAGGGAACCCGCAAAUUUGACGACAAAAAGGUUGCCAUCAAGCGGAUGCGCAAGACUUGCAACGAUCUUUACCUUGAUAUUCCUGGGCAUCCCAAACCUCUCAUUACAGAAGUGGCACUGCUGCUAAUGAUGAGGCAAGAACCCAUAAGUCCCUACGUCAUACAACUAUACGACUGGUUUGAACAUCCUCGAAAAUUCACUCUCAUAAUGGAGUUCCCUGAACCCUGCGAGAGCUUGCUGGACUUCAUCAUUCAUAAUCCUCAACUGGACGAAACAACAGCGCGAGUCAUCAUGCGACAGGCUGUGCUCGCUGUACAACACUGCAUUGAGCACAGCGUUUUCCAUAAUGACGUUCAUGCGCACAAUUUCCUGUUGAAGAAAGACACAUUAGAGCUCAAGCUGAUAGACUUUGGCUGCGGUCAGCUGUUGAGCAGCAAUGGCUACGAGAGCUACAUUUAUAUUGGUUUACUGGAUUACUGCCCACCUGAAGUCUUCACACAACCUCGAUUCCACGCCGUCCCAGCGAAUGUCUGGUCUUUAGGAGUGUUGUUGUACGAGAUGGUGAACUCAUGUCCUCCUUUUCGCGACGCAAAGGAAAUCACACAAGCCAAAGUUUCAUUUCAGAACUCCAGCUUAUCUAAAGGGUUGGACACACACCAUCCAGUCUAGAAAAACACACUGGAUUAAAGGCAGGAUUGGAUGGAUAUCAUCCUGACAGGAACUCAAGCCACCAAACCAGAGCUCAGAGCCUGUCCACAUCUGAGCAAGAACAUGAGAGACUGAAGACUGGAAAGAAGUCAUCAAGUCAUCACAUUUGCUUUGUUUUAAAAGUCAAGUCACCUAUUUAUAUGGCACUUUAUACAAUUCAGAUUGUUUCAAAGCAGAAUUAUAGUUAUAAACAGUAAGAUAAUGAUUAAUGAUACAAACAGAAUUCAAUUCUGCAUCGUCUUCUCUGUGUAAAUGAAACAGAUUAAUCCUCAUUAAAGUUACAAAAGUUAUUCAGUCAAGAGCAGUGAAUUAUUUUUUCUUUGUCCAGUAUUAUUAGGCUGCUAUUUAAGACCUCCGAUAUAGCCUACUUAUAUUGUAUCAUGCGUUUUCUUUCUCAGCUGUUUACGUUCACUUAAGACAUAACUGACUAUGUUUACUAGGAUACUCGCCGAGAUGCAUUUUUUUAAUACAUAAUGUCUAUGAAUUUGUCUGUUCAAGCGUGAGAAGACGUGAAACAGCUCAAUUCAGUAUUAGCCCAAUGUCCGAGACGCAGCUGUCUGGAUGCGCACUUCGGAUGUUUGCACACAGAAACUUUCCACACAGCGAGUAAUGAAUUGAUUGGACUUUACACUGUGUCCUAACUACACGCGAUGCGAAAAGAUUCCUGGGACGAGCAAUUUGACUGUCCACACCAGACGCGACGCGACAAUGAGAAGCGAUAAAAUCUUUCUUUUUUUUUUUUUUUUUGCUGUUAUAGCGCCAGUGGCCAGUCGCCACGUCCUUUUUCACACGACCACAGAAUGAGCUCUUACAUAGGUGUGCUGAGUUUGGUGAAAAUAUCUCAUUCACUUCAUGAGCCAUUUUCGUUAAAGUGGCUCCGGCCACUUCGAAUGUUUUGGCGGCCCCUAGGGGCAGUUAAUAGAAAUGUCAACUUUUUUUUCUUCUGAUAAUUAUUGACAAUCAGAACGACGCCAGAACAAUCAGAAUGAUGAGCGAAUCCAAGGCAUGCGUUUUGUCUGUCUUAAGCCAAAGAUUCCAACGAUAUAAGACACAAUGGUUUAGGAGUUAUGAGCCAUUUCAUAUUUUUGACCGCUGUCAGGCCUGUCGGGACGAGUCUUGCUGACGUUGUAGAAGGUGUGAAUGCCACCAGCCCUCAAAUUUUCAAGUCUCUAUACGACUUAUGGUUUGGUCUGCCCAAUCACUUUUAUGGGAGAAUGCUGAUCCUUGGACAAUUUAAAGAUUACAAUAGAGUUUCAGAGCUACGCGCUUGAACCCCUAAUAAUAAUACCUUUCUCAUUUGAUUUUUAAAUGCACCAUUCCAUUUAAAUGUACACUCUUUCUGUGCUUGGUGUUUCAUUGUGAUUGCACUGAUCAGGGUAAGUUGAGGUGAGUCCAUACACUGGGCUGCAUUAGGAAUUAAUUGUGUUUGUUUAAUUCAGGGCUCACAUUUCCCUGCUCUCACUGAGACUGUCACAGAGAUAGGGCCAUGCAACCAGACACGCUGUGGGAACAAUUGGUUAUACAAUCCACCUUCACAUCCUCAGACUGUUGAGGGAAAGACAAGUGACAUUCAUGUGGAUCCAUUCAAUAUAUUAUUCACAAGUGCCACACAGAGCUGCAGUUGGAUGAAGAUUAUUUGUGCUUACGCAUGAACAAUUGAAUGCACUGUUCAACAACAACAUUUUGUAUUUAGCUGUUGCAACAAAUGACCCCAAUAAACCUACACUGACACAUUCAGACAGCAGUCAAUUAGAUAAUGAAGGUGUACUCUAAAAAAAAAAUGCUGGGCUGUUUUUUUUUUAAACCAAAAUGCUGGGAUAAGCAUGCUGGGUAAUUUGUAUUGGGUUAUUUGUAAUAUUUUUACCCAGGUGCUGAGUCAUUUUUAAUGUCAAUGAACCCCCUCACAUAUCUACCCAGCGCUGGGUAAAUGUAACCCAAUGUUGGGUAGUCUGUGCCAAAACGGUUAAAACUGGAACUUAACAGUCAUUUUGUUUUGGUACAUACAAUACAAAUAUUAAAGAAAAAAAAAAUAUAUAUGUAUCAAUGCGACUUUCAUGAAGGAAAAUCAUUAAAAGGCUUCCUUCCACUGAAAAAAAUAGUCCCUAACCAUGAACAGCAACAGAAGUUACAUUUAUUACGCCAUUAAAUGGCAGCAAAGAUUGUUUUAUGAACGAGUCACUAAGUCGCAAAGACUGAAAAAUGUUUUGGAGUAUUUUAUGAUUGUAAAAGACUGACUUGCCAUUGAAUAAAUAAUAUUGUAUAUGAACUCUUUCUGUCCUUUAUGUAUAGGGAGAUUUUAAAGUGCAUUUUUAUUAUUUAAAAUUAAAAAACAAUAUCAAAUUGACUGACCCAGCGCUGAUUAAAAAAACAACCCAGCAAAUGGGUUAAUGUAUAAAACCCAGCAAGCUGGGUAAAUAUAACCUAGCAUGUGUUCUGUC